ACCGCCUUGAGAGAUAUACAACGCAAUGGCAGCUCAGGCCCCGACAAUGGCAGUCCCUACGGAUGCCCAGCUGAUUCAGGCGCAGGCUGACCUAUGGCGCCACAGCCUGUGCCACCUCACAGCCAUAGCACUCAGGUGCGCCGUCCAGCUCGGUAUCCCUACUGCGAUUCACCGACUCGGCGGCACAGCAUCGUUGUCCGAUCUUGUCAUUGCACUGUCCCUCCCACCAUCUAAGACGCCAUACCUUGGCCGUGUCUUGCGGUUGUUGGCCACAUCAGGCGCCUUAGCGUCCCCCGAGGAGGGGACCUACUCCCUUGUCCCGCUAUCAUACCUUCUGGUGGAUGGUGUAUUCAUUGAUGGUGAGGCCAGCCAGAAGGCCAUUGUGCUUGCCACGACCUCAAGAUAUUACAUAGAGGCAGCCUUGGGGCUAGCUGACUGGUUCAAGAAGGACAUUGCACCACCGCCAUCACCAUUUGAGGAUGUGCAUGGUGCCACACUCUUCGAGGAGAGUAUGGCGCUCCUCGACCCAGAGUCAGACAAGGUGUUCCAUGAAGCUUUGGCUGCCCAUGACCAUUUGGGGAUCGGCACCGUAUUGCGGGAAUGCCACGACUUAUUCAAGGGGGUGCAAUCACUCACCGACUGUUGUGGUGGUGAUGGAACAACAGCUAGGGCUAUUGUCAAGGCCUUCCCGCAUAUCAAGUGCAAUGUGUUGGACCUUCCAAAGGUGAUCGAGAAAGUCCCAAGUGAUGGUAUAGUUAACUAUGUCGCUGGUGACCUAUUCCAUACCAUUCCACCUGCUCAAGCUGUGAUGCUUAAGCUUGUUCUGCACUUCUGGAGCGAUGAAGAUUGCAUCAAUAUCCUGGCUCAAUGCAAGAAGGCCAUUCCGUCCCGCGAAAUGGGGGGAAAGGUUAUUGUCAUAGAUAUAGUAGUCGGCUCAUCAUCCAAAGAAAUGUUAGAAACCCAACUGUUGGUGGAUAUGCUCAUGUUGGUAUGUACAAGAGGACGGCAACGCCAUGAAAAUGACUGGAGCACAAUCUUUACAAAAGCAGGAUUUAGCGACUAUAAAAUCAUCAAGAAACUGGGACCUCGAGGUGUCAUCGAGGUCUAUCCAUAAGAUUGUGUGCCAAGUGCCUCGAUGGUGUGGGUUAUGCUUAAUGUCGUGAGUUUGAUAUUGAUGGUGUGCUAUAAGUAAAUAAGGGCAAUGCCUAAGUUUGUAACGAAAAAUCUAAGGGAACAUAACUAGCUAAAGUGAUAUGCCGGCUUGGCCACAUCAGGACCUAUAUAUGUAACUUUUGUUUCAAUAAAGUGUUGAAGUCACUUGCUGUGA